AACAAAGUAAAUGCUGUAUUGUACGAGGUAUAGCUAAAACUUGUCGGUACGUAUCCGAUCUGGAUUAAAUAAAUGUUUGACAAUAUUUCAUACGGGGAUAAUAACGAUUUUCUUUAAGGAAUUGGUUGAUCCUAUCUUAAGGACGGCAAAUACUAACAAAAUACACUUUUAUCUGUAUUCUGGCAUUGCGUCAAGUUUAAUUCGCUUAAAGAGAAUCGUGUCAAAUGUUGUUGACAACUGGAGGAUUUUAGUAAUAACUGGAAAAUAAAGUGGAAUUUGUUUUUAAUUUAAUAAUAAAGUAAAAAAGAUUGUCCAAAUUCAAAAGGGAUUUAAGUUAGAUUCGCUUUGCCAACGUCAGAAAUGGCGCCUCACGUGACGUCAUAUUACCUACUAUCAUUAGACUAUGGAGAAAACAACGAAGAAGCAUGUGGAUAGGCAGGCGACAUUUGACACCGAUCCCCAUCGUGCAAAUUUAACACAUGGGAAAUUAAAGCUUCCUAUAAUAGAAGCACAGGAAUUGGAGAAGAGAAAAUCUGCAUUAAAGGACCAUAGAAAUAGCCAAACUAAACAAUUAGAGGACACAAAUGUGAAAGAAUCUGUAAAUAAUGUUAAUAAGACCGGAGCAAGUGUAAAGGAAAUAAAGACAACUACUGCUGCCGUUAAAGGUAACGAAAUAGACAAAAGAGCCAAUAUUCUGUUGAAUACUAACAAGAAGGCAGUGAAUGGUGCUGAUAAAGAAGUCAAAAGUUCAAAAGAUCCAUGGAUAAAAUCCCCAAGUGACUCAAAUAAGACUCCUCGUAAACCCAAUGGAGUGGUUAAUAACGAUAAAGGCGGUAAAGCACACGCGGAACAAAAAACAAAUAUAAGUGUUAAACCGAGUGAUAGUAAUAGUAAAUCAGCAAUUCUAAAUAAAGUAAAUGAAACAAAACUUGCAACUGGGAAUUUGAAAUCAGAAAAUAGUCAGAAAACGAAUAACAGUGAUCAAAAACAGAAACCACAAUCUAAUGCAACUAAAAACGUAAAAGAUUCUACGGUUGAAAGUAAAUCAAAAGCUAUAGAGAAUCGAUCAAGAAGCCCCGAAAAACAACCACCCAAAGCAGCUGUAUUGAAAGAUUUAAACAGCAAGAGAAGUAAAAGUCCUGAAAAGGGGCGAAACGUUAGUCCUUAUAAAGAAUCAAAACUAAAUAAUACAAACGAAAAUUCUAAAAGCAAAACACAAACUUCUAAAACAGUGAUAACUAAAUCACCACCCGGAAAAACCCAAACCGUUGAUGAUAAAAAGCAAAAUAUAUCUCCUAGAAAAGACAAUGAGAAUAAAAGUAAGAUAGUUGAGAACAAAAGUCCUACCAUUAAAACAGAUAAUCAAAAGCAAAAACAUCAGGAUAAUACCAAAGAAAAAGUGAAAGAUACAAAAAGUACGGCUAUAAAUGCAAUUCCAACUAACAAUCCUCCUGUUGAAACACAUUUACUUAACGGUGAUAAUAUAGCAAAGAAGAGUGUUAAGAUAAGUCCAAGAACCAAACCGCAAACUGGAAAAAGUUCACCGUCAAGUGAUCUUAAUACAGAUUACAAUGAAAGUAAACAAAUUUUAAAUGAAGACACUAAUUACUACCCGAAAAGAACAGUUGACGUCAGCCAAAAUUCAAAAAAUAAAAUCAAAGGUGACACUCUGCAUUUAAGUACUCCAAUAAAAGAAAAUAACUUGAGUGCACAUGAUAGUGAACAGCAUAAUGAAAGGAAGCCCGUAACUGUGACGACUGACAACCAAACAGUAGAAAAACUUACACAUUCUCCUGACAAAGUGCAGAGUUCGGGAGUUUCAAAUAAAAACGAAACGUAUGUUUUAUCUCCUUCACCAACCAAGUUUGAUUCAAGAUCAACAAGAAACAAUAAAGUGUCUAGACCAGCUCGUCUAAGUCCAUCGAAUGAAUCUGUUGAACCAAUAAAAUUAGAACACAGGCCGUCACCAGACAAAGUCGGUAUGGAUUUAGACCGUAAAGAAUCGUAUGCGCAAGUGUACGCAGAGCGCAAUACUCUGCUAAAUGCCGAAUACACGUAUAGAAAACGUAUAAAACAGCUCGAAGAGGAAGCAAAUGGUUUCCUUAAAGCAAUCGACGACUUGACUACAGAAAACAAAUAUUUAAGAAAUCGUGUUGAUACUCUUGAGGACGAGCUGCGAAAUAAAGGAAAUUUCGACACAGUUGAUAAAAUUUCCGAAUUGGAGAAAAAUAAAAUUGAUUUAGAAAACAAAAUUAAGCAAUUAGAAAAAUCUGCCAAAUCAAACGAUAAAACAGAUGAAUUGAGGGAACUAAAAGAGCAAAUAGUGAAAUUACAAAGUGAAAACCAGGCCAUAAAUGAGGAAAAUAUUAAACUUAAAUCCGAAAAUUACGAAAAUACUAAGAAAUUACAUGCUUUAGAGGCAGAGAAAAAGUCUCUUGAAACCAGUGUAUCAGAUACUGAAUCACAAAAACUUGACAAAAUUCAAGAUCUAAGUAAGGAACAAAAACAGAUGAAUAAGCAGUUAAAUGAUCUAAAGUCCAAAAAUAAAUCUUUAGAGAAAAAAGUAGAUACAUUAGAAUACGAAAAUAAAACACUGUCCGAAACGUUGAAUCAAAAGAAGACAGAAUUAAAUGAAAUUCUUGGCGUGAUGAAAGAUGAAAAUAAGUUUGAAAAUGAAAUCAAGGACUUGAAAAGUGAAGUAUUGAAGCUUAAUAAGGAGAAGAAAGAGUCUGAAGCGAUUAAUACUAAAGAAAAACGUGUUCUUAGUGAAAAACUAAAGGAUUCCAAAUCUUCUUUAGAGACAAAAAGUAAAUUUGUUGACGAACUAAAGAUAAAGCUUGAUCAGGUUGAAUCUGAAAAUAAGAGAAUGAAGUCAGAGCUCGAUCCAAUGAAAAAGUUGGUUGAGUCUCAAAAAAAGGAAAUUGCAAGAUUGAAAGAAGAAAAUGAAAGACUUAAAAAAGAACUUAAAGAGAAUAAAGACAUGUACAGCAGGCUCGGAAACGAAACUGAAAGUGCAUCAAAAGAGCUAAAAGAGGCCAAAGAACAACUUGAAUUGUUCAAUAAAGAUUUACAGAAGAUAGUUAACGAUAAAGAAAGUCAAAUAAGCAAACUAAUAAAUCAGCUGGACACUAUGAGACAAGAGAAAGAGAAUGAGAAACAGGUAGCGAAAGAAGAAAAAGAACGCCUUGCAUCUGAAAUUGAUAAAGUUGAAUCGUACCAGGAAACUACAAAACGGCUAGAAAUUGAUUUGAAAAAAUUACACGACAAGGUUGAUGAGUCGAAGUUGAAAGAAAAACAAUUAUCAAUGCAGUUAGAGGAUAAAACAUUUGAGGUAUCUAAUUUAGAGCAACAAGUAUUUGAAAUGAAUAUGAAAAUGGAAAAUCAUUCGAAAAGAAUGGCCGAACUGGACCGCGAAAAGCGCGAUAUGGAAAAGGAAAAACGAGAGUGGGAAGUGAAAAAAGACAAACUUAAUGAUAUUGAAGCAAGCAAUAAACGGCUUCUUGAGGAGAACAAAAGACUGAGAAAUCAGAUAGAAAUGUCGAGCUAUUCGUCGACGUAUCGGACUACUGGAACAGAAGAGAAACCACUCGUUGAGGCGUGGGUUAAUGACAAAAUACACGCUCAGACAAUAAAUCAUGCAAUAUAUGUCACGAAAGAAAAGGAAAAGGAUCAUAGGAGAAAGAAAGUGCAUCUAGCCCAGCCAGCCAUCAGUAAAAAGAGAACACCAUUCAGCAAGUCCAGCCCUGCGAAAGUGUCGAGGCAACACAAACAAGAUGAUCACAGAUCAUCUCACCCUAGUACACACAGGAGCCUAGAAGACUUGAGAAAGGUAGCCGAUAUAAAAAGUCCGGAUUCUGAACAUAGUUUACCUGAACUGAAACAAGAUGCUCGGCUAACUGUCGGUUACGGUAGCUUCGGUGGAUAUAGAGAAAUUCAUAAAGAUAGAAUAAGGGCUGCACAAAAAAGGGUUUAUUAGAAUUUAGAUGAUUUUAGCUGAAUAUUUAGAUUGUUUUGAGUUGCUCAAAAAUGAUGUCAUUCAAAACGAAUUUUAUUGGGAGUCUCCAUUUCAAAUAUAUUACUCUUUUGAAAAAUAAUGCAAAAGUGCUUAUGUCCGUAAACGUUUUGGCCACAAGAAACUACUGUUCAUUUCAUGUAGUUGCCUUGGUCAUCUGGUCUCAAACAUUUUCUUAAUUCAUUUCAAGUAUCAUGUGGUUAGCACUUUCGUUUAUAUCUAUAUAUAUAAGCUCUUUUCUACAAUCUUAAAUAUCUGAAACUGUUAAAUUCGUCCUGAUUAAAUUACAUUAAUUGUAUUUUAGAGAUGAUACCGUCUGCUGUACUGUGUACAGAUAUAACAUUUUGCAUCAUAUUUAAAAUAAUGUAAUUAUACAUUGAUACGCUAUUGUAUUACAUGUAUGUAAAUAUUCUUUUGUUCAGGGCUAUUUAUUUAUCGCUUGUACAUGUUAUUUAUGCUUUCAUGUUUUAACAUGCAUCUCACUUUGAUUAAAUACCUGUAAAAUUA